AUGUUUAAAUUUGCUCCAUUAAAUUGGGCUUCUUCUUUCUUAUUAUCAAAUAUCUUGUAGCCAUAUUUUUAAGGGUUUGAUGAAAAGUAGGUCAGCUUGGGUUUAUGGCAAGGGGAAAUCGAACUGAAUAAUUUGGAAUUAAAGCCAGAUGUUCUAGUCAUGCUAGAUAUUGAUUUAGAAAUUUUAAACAAUAAAAUUGAAAAAGUGACAAUAAAAAUACCAUGGAAGAAUUUGAGGACAGAACCUAUUGUUGUUAGCAUAGAAGGAUUUUGCUUAAGUUUGAAGCAGUGUUAUUAGCAAAAUGAAAAAGAAGCGACAGAGAAUUUAUAAAAAUUACAAAAAUUGAAGGAAAUAGCGCUCCAAAAAUUUGACAAGGAGCUUCAGGAUAGGAAAAAUCAAUAAAAAAACAAGGAGAAAGGAGAGAAAUAGGGAUUUUUUAUGAGUAAAUUAAAGGACAUGUUGAAUAACUUGCAAGUCAGAUUAAAAAACGCAAAAUUCAGCUAUACAAGGCAAAUUAAUGAUUUCGAAAUUGCAAAACUUGGUCUUCAUGUCAGCGAAGUUGUCCUCCAAUAAAUGAAUGAAAAAAAAUUGGUUUAAAACACUUUAGAAUUAGGAUAUGUAUUCAAGUAGAUAUCAAUUACAGGUCUUUAAGUCUAUUUCGAUUUCUACGAGCAAUCGCAAUUUGAAUAUUUAAAUUUAAAGAAAAAAGAGAGCAAAGAGUUUUUAGACGAAAGUGUCUUGCAUUUAUAAGACAAAAGCAUAUUUAAAGAGAAGGAUUUUUUUUCUGAAGAUAUCCAAAUAGUGAAGGACUUCAAUAUUCAGUGCAUCCUCAAAAUGAAGUUCCAAGAUGGAUUGGAAUUAGAUCUGGGUGUAAGCACCUCUAAAAUAAUUCUUGUACUAUAGCAGCAAUAAAUUAGAAUGCUAAUCAAACUAAUUAAUGACUUUAAAUGGUACAGAAGAGACAGACCUUUAAUCAGUCCUAUGAAAGAAAUAUUUAUAAAAGAAGAUCCAGAACAAUAAAAGUAAACAAGAAAGCAAAGACAGGAAAAAUAGAUGUUCAAAAAGGGAGUUGUUUAGUGGUGGCAAUAUUUAAUCAAAAGAAUUCGUGAAGAGAAUAGAAUUAACCAAAAAAUAAAGUUUAGACACAUUGAUAGAAUAAUAAAUGAUGAAGUUUACAAAAGAUUAUAUACAGCUACAUAAAUUAUGAGCAAACCUUUGCCCAAAAAAAAAAAGGAUUUCAUAAAAAGAUAUGAGUAUGAUAACUCUUUGGCUUAGAUCAUUUUAAUCAGGUAGUUUGCCUUAGAAAAAAUCUCAUAGAUGACAGAAGGACUUUAAAGUGAUGAUAAAUCUGUUCAAAACGCAUGCUUGGAGUGGUUUAGGAAAUUCGACCAAUCAAUCCAACUUAAUAGCAUUAAAAGAAUUUCUAAUGAUAUCUCGAGUAAGAAGAGUAUAUAUUCUGGAGAAGUUAAAGGGUCUAAAAAGCACAUAAUUUUAAAUCUAAAAAUUGAUAGUAUCGAGAUUAAUGUUAAUGAAAAUAAUAUGAUUUCUGAUAUUAAAAAUCUAUACAAUCAAGUUCUCCUAUUUAAAAAGGAGCUAAAAAAGUACCCUAAGCUUUAAAAAUAAGUUUUGAAUCAUUUGACGAAAAACUUUCUUAGCGAGCUUUCACAUACUAAAAACCACUAGCAGAGGAGUCAGUUGAUUUAACAGAAUUUCUAAAAUUCUGUGAACUAAAUAGACUUGAAUAAUUUUAUUGAAAAUUUAUCUUAGAAUGAGGAGGAAUUUAUUUCGUUCAAUCAACAAGACAUGAAAUCGGAGUAUUUUAAGAAUAAUAAAUAGAGUCCUUUAAAAAAAUAAGGAAAAAAUUAGGAAAAACAGAACGAGUAUUUAUUGAGAAUAUCAAUAGAUACUUUGAGGGUUUAGAUUGACUAAUAAUAAAAUUAAAAAGUUAUAAAAUUCUAAUUUAGAGAGCUUGAAGGAAUCGACUUACAUACAAAAAAUAUUCAUUAUAGCAGAUUUAUUUACAUUCCAAAUGGUGUUAAGCUUUUCAUUAACAGUUUGGUUGUCAAAAAGUUUAUCAAAGCUGACAAGAGUGAAGAAUAUGAAAAUGUUGUUCACAAUCAUAUCGAUUUUUAAGUUGACUCUAUUGAUUUUAUUUUUACAAAACCUUUUUUUGAACGCUGCAGAGCUCUUCAUUAAUUAAUCAUUUUCAAUGCUGAUAAAAUAUUUGAAGCUCAAAAAAAUCUUAAUCAAAAACUCUAAAAAAUUCUUUUCGAAAAGAUCCUGUAAACAUAACCCAAAGACAGUUCAAAAUCAAACAUAUCAGUCAAUAUGGGCAGGAUAAACAUUUACUUUCCUAUUAAUUAUCAAAUUCGUUCUGACAUUUUCCUCAUUUAGUUGAAAAAUCUCAAAUCUUACAAAAGAGAGCAUGACUCUCUCCUCGUUUUACAGUAAAACGAUGCCUAUUCCUAUCACACUGAAAAUCAUAACAAAAGUGAAAAUUCUAAGGAAAUGAUAACGUUUUUCACUAGUGUUGAUAGCUUGAGACUUAUGUUUGUGAAAAGUUAUGACUGGGAGGAAUAUGAAAAUGUAUUUUUGGUUAAUUAUGCCAAGCUAAAUCAAAGCACAAAAAGUAACAGCAUGAAAGAAUCUACUAAAGAUUAAAGCAAUAAUUUUACAAAUAAUAAUUUCUAAAUGCCUUAAAAAAAUAUAAAUAUAAACUUGAACAAUAAUUAGUAAUACUCUUAAAAUAAUGAAAAGCUUAAAAAUCAUAAACCUUACGUAAGUAUUUUAGAAACUUUGCAAAUUGUUGUUAGGAUUGAUUAAGAAGAUAGUGAGAUGCAGUUUGAUAAUUUUACAUAAUAGACUGCUACAGCAACUAUUAAAGACUAUAAAAAUGUUAUUUACCCUCAUAGUUUCAAAAUUUCUUUGGAUCUUCCCUUUCUCAUUUUUAACUUCGACCUGAAACAAAUCCAUAUUUUAAAUUAUCUUGCGACAAAGUGGCUCAUUCAAGGCGUCAAUCUUUUCUAAGCAAUAAAAAAUCAAACACUUAUUGGCUAUGACCAAAAGACUAAUUUAUACAACCAUGAAAAAAAGCUGAGAAAAUCAAAUAUAUUUGAUAAACGAGAAUCUGAAUAAGAAAGGUAUUUCAAUAGUCAGUACGGGUACAACAACAGCAACGGGUUUUUGUAGACGGAAUACUAAGAUUAUGCGAAUAACUAUGAUAUACAACAAGACAGGAUUAUUGAUUUGUUAGAGAAUUUUAUUGUUCUAAGAGUGAAAGUAAAUCUGGAAGGACUCAUGUUCAACCUUGCUAUAAACAGCCAAGAAGCUUUCUAAAAUAAUAAUAUUCCUUAGGCAGCAACUCAGUCAUUUCACUCUAAUGACUUGUUUGCUUUCUAUCUCAAGAACAUCAAAUUUAUUUUCAUUGAAAAAGUUUAAGAGCAAAAUCUAAAUUUGACAAUCGAAACCAUUGUCUUGGAAUAAAAAAACUGCUAUGAUAUCUAGCUUAAAGAUCCACUCGCUAAUUUAAGCAGCAAAUUGUUAAGUCAAAGCGAUUAUGCUAAACUGUAUGCUAAUUAGUAUAUAGAGAAGAAUAACAUUCAAACAAAAGUUUUAGAUUAAUUAAAUGAAGAAGAUUUUAAUGAGAAUGCACAAUAAAAACAAAAUUUAAAUUGCUACAAUUUUCAUGCUCAUAACUAGCAAUUAAGCGGUGCUACUGUUAUGGGUAAUGUUAAUGACAAUUUAAAUAUUAAACAAGCUAAGUAUUAAGAUCUCUUUGAUGAAAUAGACACAGCUAAAGGAUUUAAUCAUGACUUAAAUGAAGAAAUAGAAGAUUUGAAAGCAAUUGGAGAAGGACUUUCAGUUAUUUAAGAAAAUGAAGUUCAUGUUAAUAAUUAACAUUAAUAUUAGCAAGAAGUAAUGCAAGAAAAAGUGAAAGAUUUUGUGAUUGAGUAAAAAGAAACUAAAAAUAAAAAUCAAGAAAACAUAAAAAAUUAUUUAAAUGAUGGAAUUUACACUAAGCUGUAAGACUAUUAAACCCUUUCUUCAAAGAGAUGCAGUUACUGCUUUUAGAAUGGCAAAAAUAGUUGUGGACUGAUUUUAAAUUUCAUGAAUUAUCCUUCAAAUUCAAAUAAUUAAAGCAAUCCAAAUAACACAAAGGACCAUCUUUUCAGCACAAUUAAUUUUAGUUAAACACCAAAUAAAAACAGCAAGCUAGGAACGACUGUCUUUCACACAAACACCAACAGCAAACUUAAUUAAGAAAGAGAAGAAUACAAUGAACCAGAUUUGCGAUUAAGCUUUAAAGUAUUUAGGAAUGCACUAAGAAAGCAGCUUUCAGAAGAAAAUUAAAAACAGUUCUCAGAAAUAGAUAUUCAGUUGAAGCAGACAAUUUUCACCAUGGAUCCCGCCAUGAUUCAAUAAAUCAAAUUAAUCCUAGACAGCGUAAGCGUGUUCACUAAGAUAAAUAUAGAAAACUUCUAGCAAUACAUGAAGUGGAUGGGAUUCUGGCCUGAUUUUUACUAAGAGGAACAUGAAGUCUUUCUCGAACAAGAAACCAUCAAGUAGAGCCAUCCAGAUGCAUCUAAUGAAAUCCCCUCUACAAACAUAUGUGCCAAAACUGAUGGAAUCACUAUCAUCUUUGUCCAUAAAAAGGAAAACAUCUUUUUGAUGAAUUUGGAGAAAUUUGGAUUUCAGAUGAGGUCAUUUUAACUUUUGACUAAGGUUGAGUUUUUUUCUUAGAAUGUAAGCUUUUUCGAGACACAUGAUAAGAUUGGGGCACAUUCCACUGUAAUUGAGAGUCUCAAACAUGAAGAUCCAAAUACUUUGAAGGGAGAAUUCAUCAUUUAUAAAAAUGAAUAAUUGGCAAGCAUUUAAAAAUUCAAGACAUAUCUUGGGAUUAAAUUGUAUGGAGUAAAGGUGAUAUUCUUAAAGAGAAGUACUUAUGAAAUUCAGUUAUAUAUCAGGGCUCACAUUCUUUAGGCUUUACAAAAGCAGCUCUCUGCAAAAGAUGAAGAAAUGAUUAAUAAAAAGUUUAAAAAGAGAAUUUUAAAAUACUUCAAGUUGCCUAUUUUGGAAGAACAUAAUCAAACAGUUAAAAAUGAAAAAGAAAGUUAAAGUUUUUAGCAUCACCACUAAAAUUAGCAACAGAGUAGCAUCUUUAACAACAGCAAGCUAAAUACUGAAGAUUAAGCUAAUGAUGAGAAUAAAGGAUCUACUUUUCGUUUAGAACUCUUGAUUUUAGAUUCACAAGCAAUAGGCUUUAGGAAUUCCCUUUCAAACGAUGCUAUCUACCUGCAUUUUCAAAAGCUUGGAAUGUGGACAACAGGUGCUUGGGGUAUGGAUGAAGGAGAGCUUAUACUUACUGAGCUUCUGCAAAAUGAGAUCACUAAAGGAGGAAACGAUUUAGAAUUUUAAGAAGUAACUAGUAACGAGUAACAAUAAAUGCAGGAUUGGUAGAAAGCUAUGAAGCUUGUUGAUUAAGUUAAUGAAGUAAUAUUUGAAAAAGAAUUUGAAGGUUAGAUGAGCUAAAAUAACGAAGACGAUUAAGCAUGUUAAUCGAAUACAAAUAGAUCGCGUAGUCAUACAAUAGCAAGCGAUUUUAACUAAACAACAAAAAAUUAUUUAGAAAAUCAAACUCCAGAGGCAAGCCAUUCUAUGACUUUUUCAGAAUCAUAGCAAUCAGAUUAGUCAAUUAUUAAUUAUGAAUCGCUGAUUCUUAUUAAAAUUAAAGGCAUUCAAAUCAGAACAAAAGAAGGAAAAGAAAACAGUGACCUGGUUGCAGUUGAUCCUGGCAAAGAUUGGAGCAUUGUCCUUAAAAUCUUGACAGAUGAACGAUUUAAUGAAGAAAAUCCAGGCAUGAAUUAAGACAGAAAUCCCCUUAAAAUUGACAUUAGAAUUAAUGCUCUAAAUUUAUACAUUUGGGAUCAUGAUUAUAAAACUAUCUGUAAGUUUUUCCAAGAAAAUUUAGGUGAGUAGCCAUAAACUGUCAUUCCUUCAGGUACUACAGACUUAAAGAACGAAGAAACUUGGUGCUUUAUCGAUAUCAGACUUAACAAAGCGUAAGCAAAGAUUUUUUAAGGCGACAGAGGCGAAUACAUAAAAUACUACCACAGUAACUACUGCAAUAAAAAUCUUUAGAGAGAUAUAAACAGCAUUUAUUGUAGAUGCAAGGACAAUGCUAUCAACAAUAACGAAGCAUCAAUUGGUGAGCUAGAAAUAAAAGAUCUAAUUUAUAAAUUCUACAUGCAAGAAUAUGGAGGUAAAACUAUGAAGCUAUUUGUUGGACACAUUAAUUUGGAUGACAACAGAAAGAAUUCGAAAAUAAAUGGAAGAAAGGUUUUAUACGAUUUGAAUUUGCAAGAAUUCAAUAUUUUUGAAGAACUAUCUACCUUCGAUUAGAAUGUGGAUGAUAAUUAAAAUAUCAUUUUUCAAAACAUUGAUGAAAACAACCAAGAUAUUGAUAAUAAUAGUCAGUCAGAUGAGAUGGAAAUUUAUGAGAACUUUGAUUAAAUAGAUGAAAAUGAAGGGUAAAAGGAAGAAGAAAAUUCUGGUACAGAACAAUCCAAUUUAGAAAACGAGCAGAGCAAAGACAGCAAAUAAGAUAAAAAAUAAGAAAUAAAAAAGAAAGACAAGCAAAAUCAUCAUCAUAAGCACGAAGACAAACAUAAAAUAAAACACAAAAAAUCUCUUAAAAAAUCUCCAUUAAAAGAAAAAAAUAAUUCUAAUCAAAAAAAUGUGGAUAAUAAUGAAAAUAAAGAAAUAAAAGCUGAAAUAAUAAAGAUUGUAGAAGAAAAGAAGGAUGAAGUCAUAAAUAAAGAAGAGCAAAAAUAAUAGGAACAACAAAUUUAAACACCUCAAAACAAUUAAAAUUGCUUUUAGAGGUUUUGUUCAUCAAUAAAAAACAUUUUGAGUUGCUCUUGUAUGAGAAGAAAAUAAGUUUAAGAAAAAAAAGAAAAUGCUAACGUUUUAUAACAAGAAUAAGGGUGUGUUGAUUUACAGAAACAAGAUUUAUAUUUAGUUGAAAACAACGCCUAGUAAAAUGGAGCUGCCUAAAAUUUGAAAAUGAAUAACAGAGAUGAAAACAAUAUUUAUUCUCAUCAAUAGCUUGUUCCCAAUGAGAUCGAAAAAGUUGUUUAGUUUGAACAUAAUAAUGAACAUGAAAUUAUGCAUUAUAAAUAAGAUUGUAAUCCAAAUAGCUUUUAACUAAAGAAAAAAUCUUCAUCUGUUUCACUGGAUAAAGUGGAUUUAAACUAAGAUAUAAUUGAGUCUAACAGUAUAGAAAGAGAAUGGCCAACAGACAACUAUCCUAAAAGGAAAAAAAAAAUAUAUAAACUCGUUGAGUCAUUAAAAAAAACGAUUGCAAACCCGAAAUCUGAUUAUGAAGAUCUACAAAAUGAAUUUGAUCUUAUGUACAAACUUCAUGAAAAGAACAAAUGCGAUUUCAAAUUCAUAUUCCGUUCAAGGCCUGAUGGUGAAAAGCUGAUAAAGAUGAUGAUCGAGAAUAAGACAGUUUAUUUGGGUAUAGAUUUGAUCUCUGAUAUUGUAAGAUUCUUUAGAAACCCAUAUAAUGGUUCUGACUUUUAGCCUAAUGUAAAGCAAUCGCCUUACUUUAAUAAUUUUGCAUAGAUGACUGUUGAAAUAAAAGCAUCUAAUUUAAUGUGCUUUACCAAGAGCGAAGAAGGAGAAGUUUAGACUGAAAAGUAGCCUCCUCCACCUAAAAUUAUGAGAUAAGGCAGCAUUUUUGUUACUAAUAAUUAUAAUUUUUAAAGCAGUGCUACGCAAAACUAAAGCUAAGGAGGAAAAAAGCAUGAAAGAGAAACAAAAGAAAAUAUUUCAAGCAAUAAUAGUACUCUUGCUUUCUUCUUGGAUAGUAAAUACACUCAUAAAUGGAAAGGUGACAGCUAUUUCGGUCCAGGAAGUGUUAAAAUUACUGUUGACACAGACAUCAAAAAAGUCAUUCUCAUUUAAAAUUAAAGUGCAUUUUCGUCAGCUUCCCCGAACAAUCUUAAUUCUCCUUCACAAAAGCCAAUGUAAGGCUUUCCUUUCAAUUUGUAAAAAAAGAAGAGCUCUGAGGUAACAUCUGCUUUAAAUAAUUAUUCUCAGAUAAAUCAGAACAUUAGCAAAGAUAGCUUUAUUUCUGGAAUAUAGCAAAAUAAAUCUAAAUAACCUAGCAAAUCUCAGUAUUUUAAUCCUAACCUUUUUCACCAGGUAAGUGCUGAUUCGUACAUGCAAAAUAAUACACCGAACAAUCAGCAAUAACAGCAAAUGAACAACAAUAAUUUUAAUUUCAAUAACUAGAAUUUAUUUAUGCAAAAUCAAACAAAUAUAACAAACUUAAACAAUUAAAGCACACAGCCUACUUAACAAAAUGCAAAUAAUUAAUCCCAGAAUAACGUUUUUUAACCAGCAACAUCAAUAACAUUUUAAAACUAAAAUUAUUAAUCUCAAUACUAAAGCUAUUUACAGAAUUAAACACAAACUAUAGUAGAAAAUAUAAAACUAGUUUUCGAAACAACUUAUGAGCUAGAUUUUGUCAGAAACAAAGACUAACAAUAAAGGAAUGUUAUAAUUUAAACAAAUGGACAAUCUAAUACUAAAGACAAGCUAGCACAACAAAAAUAGUUCGAUUUAAAUGAACACUCUUACAGAAGAACUAAUAUCUCUGUAACAAACAACAAAAAGAACAAAAACGAGCACUAAGCCUCAGUCACUACACUUGUCAAGCUCUAAAAAGUCAUAAAAAGUAUGAUGCAACCCACAUCUACACCAUUAAGCAUUCCAUACAUCCCAGUUCAAAGUACAGUACCAAUGAGUCCAUUCUUUGACUACAACGUAUAAAUCCUCACUUUGAAAGUAGAAAAAUUCCAUUUCGAAAUCCUUAAAAAUAACUUCGGUGUCAAAAUUCUAGCAUUAAAAUUCGACAAUCUCUAUGCAAAAAAAAUAUAAAAGCUCAACAACUCUCUAUUUGGUUUAAAAGGAGCGAUUAGCAUAGAUUAUUUUAACAAAAGAAGGAUCACUUAUGAGCCACUGCUAGAGCCAUGGAUAUUCAUGGUUAGACAAGAACGUAUUGGGAAUAGCCAUAAUCUGACUAUUCAGAAUUUUGAGUCAAAAAAAGAUUAAAAUAUGCUUCCUUUGCUGAAAGAACACCAUAACAGCUUUAACCUUAAUGUUACACUUUCCUGCUUAGAGACUAUUAUGGAGGCUUACAGAAUUUACAAGGGAACAAUGACUGAUGAAGAACCUUAUAUGAUUAUUAAUAAGACGGGACUACCAAUUGAAGUAAAGGAUUCUAACAAAGAAAAUAGCUAGCCUUAAGAACUGUAAAACUAGCAAAAAACAAAGUGGUAAGGUUGGAAAGAAGUUUACGCGUUAAGGAUGCAGAAAUAGAAAUAAGUGCAAAAGCUUAAUGAUAAUAAGGCAUUAAUUAAUUUGAAUAUCUUGAACAAUAUGCAUAACGCCAGCAAUAGUAAUAACAACUCAUUCUUCAAUGUGGCUUCAUAGAUGAUAAAUUACAAUUAAAAUAACCUAGCAAAUCAGGAAAAUGCUAACUAAGGAGGAAAUUAUGAUGGCACUGCUCCUAUGUCAAUAUUUAGAAAAGAUCAGAAAAACGGAGAGCAGAAUAUAAAUGGAUAAAUUCAGGAAAUAUCAGAUGAAGAAAAGGAAAGACUGUCUCCUUUGGUGAUGAAUUCAGACAAUUUUUAAAAAUAUACUACAAAUCCCAUUCAUGAGGGAGACGAGUAAUAAGAAUUCAACAACAAUAUGGAGGAAAACGGGAGAAUUAAUACUUAAGGCAGUCAGUAGCCGCCUCAAAGGAAUUUAAAAUUGGUUAUAAAGCAAGUGUCCGAUCAUUCAAAAGAUCAAAACAAUAAUUAAGGAACUUAAGAUUCCAACAAUAAUUUACUUAAUUUACAAGCUUUAGACCAGCAAGGAAAGCCUUUGAAUUCUGCUCACAGUAUUCGUUAGAAAAAUAAAUCAAAUAGCAGUCAGCAUUUGAAUUUUUACAAUUAUAAUUUGAAUGCUGAUGAUUAAAACAAUCAAUCAGUUGAAGAUAAGAAUAAUGACAAUAAAAAUCUUCCUCCUAUUAUGAUUUUAGAGAAGUUCAAUUCAAUUAAAUCUGAUUAACAAACGAAAGUGAAUCUUUCUAAAUCUUAAAUGAGAAAAAAUUCAUAAGAGUUCAAACCAAACCUUUUAGGCGUAAAUAAUGAAAAUUAAAUUGAACCAUAAAGAAUAAGAAAAUCUACAGACGCAUAUUUAGAAGCUGCUAAUUAAAAAAACUAGAAAAAGGGAGACUUAGGCAAUCUUCUAAACAUCCAAUAACCAAAUCAGUAAAAGCAAGUCUCUAUUCUAAAUAGUCCAAAACAAAAUCUAACAAGCUCGAUUAAUCUUAAUAAUCAACAAAAGAAAUCAUCCGAAAACAAAAAGCUAGGACCUAGCUCUUUAUUUAACAAAAGCAAUCUCAUGCAAACCCUAAAAAUGAAUAAUCUUUUAUCUAGCCAAAAAAACAGGCAGUAUCUUUUCAGAUAAAUAAAAAGAAUAUAACUAGACCAUGUAGGCAAAAUACUCAUCCCCCUUAAAUUAGACAAAAACGAGCUCUUCGAAAAAAAGAAAGCUCAAGAAAACACCCUUCUCCUCAAAGCCAAAAAUCAGUAGCUAUAAAAGAAAAAAACUCAGAAAGAUGCUAAAAAUCAAGAAAAAGACUUCACCUUAAUGAAAGCCUUCAUGAGCAAUCUCACCUCCCUCUAAAAAAACAUCAACAAGCUAGGCCAAGAGCUCAUCAGCACUCUUCUCAACAAAAAAGUUAAUGAAAGUGGCAAAACCUAUCUUCUCGUUGAUAACAAACUUAAUCCUUAGACUGGUUCAAAAGAAAUCACGAUUUCUUCUUCUGUAAAGUUUUUCAAUAAUCUUUGUAGAACUAUUGUGAUAGAGUUUUAGACCGAAGUUGAAACAGGAUAGUAGAAGUAGUAGAACUAAUUCAGCCUAAUUGAGUAAAACUCCUUCUUUGAAAUUCCUUUGGAUAAACUAGAAGUCUGUGCCUAUGUUCGUCUUUUCCCAUACUUAUUAGAUAAGGAUAACCAGCCUAUUCCAUACAAUCAAAUAAAUGGACAUUAUGAAUUUGUAUUACUUAGCAGCCUUAUCAAGGACAAAACCUCAUACAAUGACUAUACAGUCGAUGAAGACGAUAUAAUAAGUGACAUCCUCAAAGACUAAAUCUAAGGUGUCAAUGUUGAGAAAGGAAACAGGCUAAUUUACAAGGAGGACUAUGAAGUGAAUCCACAUAUUGAAAAAGCAGAUAAUGAUAAAUCACUAAAAUCUCCAACUAAAAAAUUGAGUUAAAUAAGCAAAAUAUUAGAAAAUGAAUAAUAAAGAUAAAUUGCUCAUUCUGAUUUAAUAUACUUUUUAGUGACUUGUGUAAAGACUAAACAUUCAGCUAGCUAUUCUUUAAGUGAAAAGGAAUUUGCUUAUGAAACAACACUUAUUAUAAAUCCUAUUUUUAAGUUUAUCAAUGCAACAGUGAGCAAUGUGAAUAUUAUUUAUGGAAUGAAUGUGCCAUUGAAACCAAUUCAAUCAAAGCUAAACUAAAGUAAAACUAAAAUAGAACCAAAACAAAUAGUUCCGAAAGACAGAUUAGAAUGUACAAGUUGCCCUUCUUCAGAAGAUUUGUAGAUUGUCAUUUCACUGAAUUUGUACAGAUAGACAAAAGAGCUUAAAAUAUUCACUAAGCAUGAAUAAAAAUACAAGAUUGAUCUAAGACUGGAAAAUUUCAUGAAGAAAAGCAUUAUUUUAUACUUAGAUGUUGUCAAGCUGAGCGAAAAGAGCAGAGAAAUCGUUCUCUUUUGCCCUUACUUAAUAUUAAACAACAGUGGUUAUAAAGAAAUUAAAAUUAGAGAAUUCGGACUCACUACUAAUAUUGAUUCCCAUUAAGAUGAAGACGAGGAUAAUUUCUUUAAUAGGAAAGACAGGAAUCACAAUAGCAUUUAAGGAGCUGGCAGUAGCUAGAAAAAGCGUCCAUCUAUUUUUGAAAUCAACAAUAAUGAUGCUAAAAUUGACUCUUACAUGAAGCCAAUAAAAAGCCAAAACAAAAUUGAAAACAUCUUGGAUGAGAACGGAAAUCCUAUUCAAAGAAGCGAAAAGGAAAGCAAGAGACAUACUAUUUCAGAAAAUGAAGAAGAAAUUCAAAACUUAAAGCAAUUGAGAAUGUUUUCGACCUCAAAGACAAUGAACAAAAUACAAAUUGGGUUGUGUCCUAAGGGUAGAAAAGAUAGAGAUAGCGCUAAUUGGUCCUAGCCUAUUUCUUUACAAGCAGCUGAUGGCAUUUUUAUCAUUUAGGAUAAAAAAUCUGAUUACAGAAAUUAAUUUGAAUUUGGUAUAACGAUAGAAAGUGCUCCUGGGUUUUGGAGCAGAUCUAAAAUUAUUUGCAUAACUCCUAGAUAUAUGAUAAGAAAUGAAUCUAGCUAUGAUAUUAUCUUGAAAUAAAACAAAUCUAACUAUAAGGACGUGUUGAAAGAAUGCUGCUAAUUAGAAGGGAAAUAUGAAAAUAGUAAAGUGAGUGUCAAGACUUUCUAUUGGUCAGAUUACAAACUUCCUUAAGAAUGCAUAAUUCAAUUGUUGGGUUAGAGAUUAAAUGAAGACACAGUUCAAGAGUUUAAAAAUACAACUACAAACAAGUUUAGAAUUGAUAAAGUUGGAGAUAUUGCGGUGAAAAUAAAAUUUGAUCAAGAUGUUCAACAAGGAGGAGACGAAGAAAUUCAAUACCUCAAAAUAAGCACUUAGCUCGAAGAUAAUAUUUUUAUUGUCACAAUUAUGAAUGAAGAUAAAAUGAAUCCUCCAUUCUUCAUAGAAAACUAAACAAAGCACGAAAUCUACUAUGGGCAGCAUAUUCAGGAAACAAAAAAUCUUUGGUGUCUAAGAAGAAAAAAGCAAGAAAUGAGACAAAUAUCGACUCAAGUUCUAUAUCCUGGAGAAAAAAAGAAAUUUACUUGGGAUGAAUGGGUUGUGGAGAAUGACCAUAUUUUAGGAGUUGAAAUUGAGAACGAAACCGUCUAUUACAAUAUUGAUAAAAUCAAAGACUAUCCUCCUAUUAAAAUCAGAGAGUCUGCAGACGAGCUUAAUAAAAAGAAAGCUAUAAAUAAAAAGUUCUUGUACAAAAAAGGAAAGAUUCGUCUAAAAUUUAAGGCAGUGGACCAGUAUACAACUAAAUUUAUUAUUUUGGAUGUAUUUUAAUAGAAAAUGAAAGUUUAUGAUGAGAAAAAAGAAGUAUCUGGAGAAGUUAUUAACUUGAAGGGAGCUAAUAUAGAAGAUGUUAGGGAUUAACAGUUUUUAAUGAUUAAAGGUAAUCAACACUUUUACUUUGAAGCUAUUUCAGAAAAAGAAGCAAAAGAGUGGACUGAGUACUUGUGGAGAGCAAUUCUUCUUACUACGCCAGAUUUGGUGUAAUUUAAAAUUGAGCCUAUGGAAAGGACAAAGGUUUUGUGCUUUUAUUAAGUAAAAUACGAGGAUGAAAUGAAUUAAAAUAACGAAAACAAACAAGGAGAUAUGAAUAAUGAUAAGAUGUUGUUAGAAAAUGAUGAAGAAGAUAAUUAGGAGCAAGAUAAAGCUCAAACGACAUUUAUAUUUAAAAUAACAAACACAGUUGGUAUCUCUUUUAUUGACAACAUUCCCAAAGAAAUUCUGCAAAUCUCUUUUAAAAAUUUAAAUUUGAUCUAUUCACUGAGUAAUGAGUAGGAAGAUAAAAUAAGGAAAAAUAUAUUGGAUGACAUCGACAACAAUCCAAACUUCUUAAAUAAUAAUGCUCCUACUCCUAACCAAAACUCUCUGAUAGCAAACACAUAAAUAUAAAACACCCUGGCAAACAAUCUUCAAAAUAAUAAUACUACAAAUCCUAUGAUGAAAGAUAAUUAAAUGAUCAGUGUGACCUAAAAUCAAAAUCAGCAGAGCUUGAUAAACAACGAACCAGAAGUCAAUCAAAGAAUAUUUGCUAAUCAGAGAGCCUUACUGUCUCUGCAAAUAGACUCAAUCAUCAUUAACAACUAAAUAGAAAAUACACAAUUUCCAGUUAUCCUUGCUCCAACCAAAAGAAAAACAGGAGAUCCAUUCUUUAUCAUCUCAGUGUUAUGGAAGAAUCAUGUCUAAAAGAAUAAUUAAAACAAAAAUAAGAAGAACAAAUUAGUUUCAUAUAUCCACCAAACAAGUUUUUACGUAGACACAAUAGAAAUCAGAAUUGACGAUCACAUUCUCGACACUGCUAUCUCUUACUUCAAUUAAGUCAGAAAUAUUAUUUCGAUAAAAAAUAACUCAGAUAGUUUUACUGAAUUGAGGAUAUUCAAAUUUGAAGAUAUUGAAGAUAGAUUGUCUAUGGCUCUUGAAAAUUAGAAUGGCAAUAAUUAGAUUUUAAAUUAUAUUAAGAAUUUGAGAGUAGAACCUAUUGAUAUUUGUUUUACUUUUAGAAGCUCUCCUGGACAUUCUUUGACUGCUUCAACUAAAAAUAUAAUAGGAGAUUUCGGUUUGACUUUAGCUAGUAUUGAUUAAGCUAAAAUUAAGUUGAGCUAGCUUCUUAUGACUCAUAUAUUUGGGUCUAUUAAGGACAUUUUUACGAGAAUAACUAAACAUUUUAGUUAGCAAUUUAUGAGACAACUUUACAAACUUUUGGGAUCAUUUGAUUUCCUUGGAAGUCCUGUUUCUCUCAUUGAAAAUUUAGGAACAAGUGUCGUUGAUAUGCUUUACUAGCCUUUCUAUGCGCUUGUCAAAGGCAAGAGUGGUUAUAAAUUUGGUGAAAAAUUCGCUAUUGGAGCUGUGAAUUUGAUCUCAAGCAGUAUUUCAGGUGUUUACAAGACAAUCAACAAAAUUAUUGGUACUAUCAUGAAAUUGUUAGCUAGUUUUACUCUGCAUAAGCAAUAUAUUCAUAGCAGAUAGAUUAGAUUGAAUAGAACUAUCAAAAAUGUCAAAGAAGGAGUCAUUAUUGGUUUGAAGAACUUUUUUAUUGACUUAUGGCAAACUCUAACAGGAAUAUUUAGAAGACCUGUCUCUGAAGCAAAACAUGGUGGUAUUUUAGGAUUCUUUUUAGGUCUCUAUUAGGCUGCAGUAUCGCUUGUUAUUCGUCCUACAGUUGCAAUGUACGACUUAAUCACAACAAUUAUUCAGGGACUGCAAAACACGGCAUAAUAUGAAGAACACAUAAUGGAUACUAGAAGUAGACCAAUCAGAUAAUUUGGAGACAACAAAUAGCUUAUCCCUUAUGAAUUCAAAGCAGCUAUAGGAAUUGAUAUAAUAAAAAGAUAUAAAUUAAAAAUAUUUGAACACGAAACAAUUCUCUUCUUUGAUGAACUCAUCAUAAAAAAGCUAAAAAAGAAAAAUAUUGAAUCACAAAUUAUACUUUCAGAUAUCAGAAUUGUCUAUGUUAAAAAACACAGUUCAAUUGCUUAUAAGAAGAUAAUGUUGCAUAAAAUAAAAAAAAUAAAAUAUGAUGAAUCUAGCAAAAAAAUGAAAAUAAAAAUGCAUGUACCAGUUAAGAAAGUAUGUGUUAGAUAGAAAUUCGACAUUUAUUUGAAAUAUGAAAGCAAAGAAAGAGCUCAGUUACUAUUAGAUCAAAUAAUUAAAUACUAAAGUCUUUAAAGGAUUCCAUAAUUUGAAGUAAAACUAGAUUGA